AUGCAGAAGUCCUACAGAUACAAAUGGGACAAAUUUCUUGCCUUUCUAUGGGACAGAAAUAUCCUUCCACACCAGGUCUCCAUCCCAACAGUGCUGGAGUUUCUCAUGACACUGGCUGAUGCGGGUCUUUCUUUGAGCUCCGUAAAGUGCUACCUCUCCGCCAUCUCUUCCCACUACCUAUUCAAUGGAAAACCUUCUUUGUUUGGGGACCCCCUCAUAUGGAGGUUCCUCAAGGGGUUCAACAACCUGCAUCCACCGGUUUCCGUCCCAGCUCCGACAUGGAGUUUGGACGUGGUCGUGGCCUGCUUAGCUUCCAAACUGUUUGAGUCCAUGGCUACCACAGACUUAAGAUUGCUGACCUGGAAAACAGCUUUCUUAGUGGCCAUUACUUCUGCCCACCGGGCAGAUAAAGUGGUUCUCCGUACCGACAUUACCUUCCUGCCAAAGAUAGUGUCUGCUUUUCAUAUGAACCAGAACAUUGUUUUGCCGACCUUGGCUCCAAACCCAACUACUGACUCUGAACGCCAGAUCCAUGCCCUGGAUGUCCGCAGGGCAUUAGCUUUCUAUCUGGACAGAACGUCGGAUUCGAGGCGCUCAGAAAGACUGUUUGUCUGUUAUUCUGAGGCCAAGAGGGGACUACCGGUAUCGGCUCAGAGGUUCUCCAAAUGGGUGGCCAACACCAUCCGCCUCUGUUAUGAGCUGGUGAUCCCCAUGCUUCCCAAACUUCUUUGCGAAGAGCUGUGCAGCCUCAAUCCCAUGACAGAUAGGCUCACCUUCUCUGUCAUAUGGAAGCUGACUCCUGAAGGCAAGAUCCUUGAUGAAUGGUUUGGGCGGACCGUGAUCUGUUCCUGUGCAAAGCUCAGCUACGACCAUGCCCAAAGUAUGAUCGAAAACCCCAAGAAGGAGUUUGCAGCAGAUGAACUCCCUCCCAUCUCCUCCCAGCAUUCAGUUGCUGAAGUUCACCAGGCAGUCCUCAACCUCCACCAAAUUGCCAAGAAGCUGCGGAACCAGCGUUUUGAGGAUGGUGCUCUUCGCUUAGAUCAGCUGAAACUCUCGUUUACUUUGGACAAGGCGAGCGGGAUGCCACAAGGCUGUUACGUCUAUCAGUACCGGGACAGCAACAAGCUGGUAGAAGAAUUUAUGCUCUUGGCAAACAUGGCUGUUGCACAUCAGAUCUACCGAUCCUUCCCCAAAAAAGCUUUGCUGCGGAGGCAUCCCCCACCCCAGACCAAGAUGCUCAAUGAUCUCAUGGAAUUUUGCAACCAAAUGGGUUUGGAAAUUGACUGCAGCAACGCCGGCACCUUGCAUAAAAGCCUGAAUGAAAUCUUUGCCACUGACAGAUACGCAGAAGCCAGGAAAGAGGUGCUGACCAACAUGUUCUCGCGCCCCAUGCAAAUGGCUGUGUAUUUCUGUGCUGGGAUGCUGAAAAAUGAAACUCUUUUCCGCCACUACGCCCUCAACGUGCCCCUCUACACGCACUUCACAUCUCCUAUCCGCCGCUUCCCAGACAUCAUGGUGCAUCGACUGCUCUCUGCUUCUUUGGGCUGUGGUCCUGCCCCACGGAUGAAGGAGGCUGACAUCCAGAAGCAAGCAGAGCAUUGCAACGAUCGCAAAAUGGCUUCCAAGAGGGUGCAAGAGCUCAGCGCUGAUCUCUUCUUUGCUGUGUUUGUCAAGGAGUGUGGCCCCUUGGAGUCAGAAGCCAUGGUGAUGGGGGUCCUCAACGAAGCCUUUGAUGUCCUGGUGCUGAGGUUCGGCGUCCAGAAGCGCAUCUACUGCAAUGCUUUACCGCUGGUGGGGUUCCAGUUCCAGAAGUUGGGCAAGAAACCUCAGCUGACACUGAUGUGGGAGGCAGAGAGCCCUGAGCAGGAGGCUGUCCAACAGGUCAUUACUGUUUUCACGUUGGUGGAGGUUGUCUUGCGGUCAGACAACAUCCCCUUGAAGUACAGUGCUCUGCUGAAGAGACCUGGAGGAGAGGAGUGAGCUGGUGGGCUUCCAGAGGACGGAUCCCAGCUGCCACUGCCAAAGCCGUGCUUGAUGCACAGGCUGCAACCUGCAAUAACUCAACAUGUGUGCGUGUGCAUGUGUGCGUGUGAGUGACUUGGGAAGGGAGGGGGCCAAAUUCUCCCCGUGGAUCUUUUAUUUCAUUUUAUGUGCAGAUGGAUUUUGCUUUAACUCUGGAUUUUUAAUUGAAACAGAUAGGCAGCUCUAAGUCCAUUCUCAGCAGGCAGUCCUGGAAGCUUUAGGAACAUGACUUGUUUCAGCUUCUGGCUUUUAAACCCUCUCUUUUCUUAAAACUGGGACACCAGUGCUCUGAGUACAAAGGAUGUGGGACAACUCAGCUUAAGCAUUUGUCUCUGCCUAAGGUAGUUUUCCCCAACCUGAUGCCUUCCAGAUGUGUUGGAGUACAACUACAGUGGAUUUGUAGUCCACCACAUCUGGAGGGCCGGGAUCACUGGGGACAACCAAAUAUGUAGUGUUAACACAUCAGGGUGGCACCAGGUUCGUAAAGAAGGCAUUCCUUGUUUUGUGUUGCUGAUACAAACUUGUGUGUGUGUGUGUGUGUUUGUGGUCAGGCAGCUGUUUGCAAAGGCCAUUCCUGCUGGGCUCUACUCUGUGGCUUAAUUAAAAGAAAACAUUGUCAAUUUUGA